CCGCUAUUUCAAUAAUUUAGGUUAUUUAUUUGUGUUAUUUGUCCUAAGUGUUUGUUGUAAUUUGUGAGACAUAUUCCUCUAAAUCGUAUGUGUCACUGGCGUCAACUGUAUAUAAUGUUACGAAGUCUUCUAUAGAAACAAGAUGAAUCUGGGCAGAUGGGUGUUUGGGCUGAUUACUAUAUCUGUUAGCUGGGCGUCUCACUACGACAAUGGCGGAGACAAGAACUCGCUUGCUAGCGUGUCAACUGAAAACACCACAGUGCGACUAGAGCCUAUUGAAGGGACGCCGAAUUAUAUACUGAAGAAAAUGGAGAAAAGCACACAGUGGUUUCCAGAACGAGAGAUUAAACUAGAUAGCUGUGUACGAAGAGCUCAAUGUGAACCCCUCAAUAAGACCACAUGCCUCGGCGCCAAGUUGCCGUACAACAGGACAAGCGUACAUCUAACAUUCUAUGACAGCCAAUACCAAAUACAAAACCAGUUGGAACUCUACAGGGAAUUGAUAAAUGUGCCAAAAUGUUGGGCGGUCGUGCAGCCAUUACUUUGCGCCACUUUCAUGCCCAACUGCGAAAACAUCCUCGGCCAGGACAUGGUGUAUUUACCUUCGUACGAGAUGUGCAAAAUAACGAUGGAGCCGUGUGCCAUAUUAUACAAUACGUCAUAUUUCCCAUAUUUUUUGAAGUGCAACACUACUUUAUUCCCACCGAAGUGUGAAAACGCAGCGAGGGAGAUGAAAUUUAACACAUCUGGAAAAUGUCUUGCGCCUCUUAUACAUACUGAUAAGGCGCCGCAUUUUUACGAAGGUAUAUCUGGCUGCGGUCUGCCCUGCCGCGACCCGCUGUAUACAGAGGACGAGCACCGGCAGAUCCACCGGCUGGUGGCGUGGGGCGCCGGCGUGUGCCUGGCGCUCAACCUGCUCACCGUGGCCACCUUCCUCAUAGACUGGCGGAGCGCCAACAAGUACCCCGCGCUCGUCAUCUUCUAUAUCAAUGUGUGCUUCGCUGUCGCCUCUAUGGGAUGGUUGGUGCAGUUUGGAGUGGGAUCGCGGGAUGAUAUCGUGUGUUCGAAGGACGGCACGAGGCGGCAAGGCGAACCUUCGGCUGAGGAGAAUUUGUCUUGUGUCGUCGUUUUUGUGCUUGUAUAUUACUUUAUGAUUGCCGCCUGCGUGUGGUUUGUGAUAUUCACGUACGCGUGGCACAUGAGCUUUCGUGCGUUAGGCAAAAUACAAGACAGAAUUGAUAAGAAGGCAGCAUAUUUCCACUUGGUAGCGUGGUCUCUACCGUUGAUCCUCACCAUCACAACCAUGGCGUUCGGCGAGGUGGACGGCAACAGCGUCACGGGGGUCUGCUUCGUGGGUUACGUCAACCACCCCAUGAGGGCUGCCCUGUUGUUAGCACCAUUGUCGGUUGUGCUCCUCUUGGGAGGAUACUUUUUGCUUAGAGGAGUAUUUUCGUUGAUAGCGGUGCGCGUGUCGAGCAAGGACGUGAUCUCGCCGCGCGCCGCCAACAAGAUCCGGCAGACCAUCACGCGCUGCUCGCUCACCGCCGCGCUGGUGGCCGUCUUCAUCUGCGUCACCGUCGCCUGCCACGUCUACGAGUUCCGCAACGCUGACUCGUGGAAGGAGGCGUUCAAGAGGAAUAUUAUCUGCCGGUUGGAGGGUCUCAAGGAGGGUGGGCGCGAGUGUGCGGCGGGCGCGCGACCGUCGGUGUCGGUGCUGCAGCUGCGCCUGCUGUGCUGCUUCGCGGCCGGCGCGCUCAUGGCGUCGUGGACCUGGACCCCGGCCGCCGCCGCCGGCUGGAGGAGAUACAUGGCCAAAAAGUGCGGAUGCUCAGUGGAAGCGGACGUGACGCGGCGCGCACGCAAACACGAGCUGAUCGCGCGCGCGUACAAGCGCCGCAACGAGUUCAUCACGCGCGGCCGCCUCUCCAUAUCGCUGGGCGGCUCGCGGCAGGACCCCGUCGGCUUCUGUCUCGACAACACCUCGCCUGUCGACUACCCCGAGGACGCUAAGCAUGAGAGCGGUGAGCUGUCGUCGUCGUGGGCCGCCAACCUGCCGCGCUUCGUGCGGCGCCGCGACGCGCUGGUGCUGCCGCCGCACACGCACCACUCGCACCACUCGCUCAGCUCCACGCCCGACAGGCGCAACUCGCAGGACUCCCAAAUAAGCAUCAGCCUUCGCCACGUGUCGGUGGAAUCGCGGCGCAAUUCCCUGGACAGCCAGCUGUCCGUCAAGAUAGCGGAGAUGAAGACCAAGGUGGGGCGCCGCCGCACCAAGCACAGCAAGGCGAAGAGGAAGCGUGCCUCCGCUCGCAAAGAGAGUACGCCCUCUAUCGAGAGUCAGAUAAGUCGAUAUUUACUCCACACUGUCGCUAAUAACGACCCCUCGAGGGAGGAAGUUAAGUUCAGUUUCGAUUAGUAUUUAACGCUAUUGGGGAUGCCUUGAUUGAUGGCAGCUGUCCCACAAGAUAACGGGGAUGAAGACCAAUAUGGCGCUCAAGGCAAGACGAAGAGAAGCGCCCAUCUUUCGAGUCAGAUCAGUUGCUACUUACUCCACACUGACGCUAAUAACGACCCCACGAGGGAGGAGGUUAAGUUCAGUUUCGAUUAGGAUUUGACGCUAUUGGGAAUGCCUUGCUUGAUGACAGCUGUCCCUCAAGAUAACGGGGAUGAAGACCAAUAUGGCGCUCAAAGCAAGACAAAGACAAGCGCACAUCUUUUGAGUCUGAUCAGCCGCUGCUUACUCCACACCGUCGCUAAUAACGACCCCUCGAAGAAGGAAGUUAAGUUCAGUUUUGAUUAAGAUUUGACACUAUUGGGAAUUCCUUGCUUGAUGGCAGCUGUCUCUCAAGAUAAUGGAGACGAAGAACAAUAUGGCGCUCAAGGCAAGACGAAGAGAAGCGCCCAUCUUUCGAGUCAGAUAAGUCGAUACUUACUCCACACUGUCGCUAAUAACGACCCCUCGAGGGAGGAGGUUAAGUUUAGUUUCGAAUAGAUGGUAUUAGCACUAAGAGCCUGUAAUGGCCGUUCCUCAUUUUUUGAAAACUUUGUCAUCCCUUGCUGCUAAGGUAAAUACGGUAACUCGAGUUUCGAACGUGGGGAAUUUCGGAAGGUGUAGUUUUCCAAUCAAUCCAUCCCGGUAUUUUUUUUUUUAGUCCCCAGACUUCAGUCGCUUCUAGCUUUGUGACAAUUCUUCAAUAACACACAAGAUCAGACUUCAAUUGGGGAUAAAACUCUAUUUAUGCUGCCCCGUGGUGUAGUUUUAUGACCUUGUUGGAUAUCGAAUCUCAUACUCAUGUUUGUGGCACAAAGCAAAGGCCUAUUACGAAAUUAUGUAACCUUUUUUUACUUUUUGUAUCUAGGUCAAAAUCCGUCUUUAAUAGAUAUUAAGAUAACCCAGUGCGUGUCCCGAGUGACAGCGAAUCGUGUGUGAAUUCGUGGCACGUUAAACAAUCAUUUAAAAAUCAGUUAUCGCGUCCGCUCGCACUUAGGACAAACUACAAAAGCCUCAAUAGCUCAACGGUAAGAGAGGUCGGACUCAUCACUGAGGGGUGAUGGUUCAAUCUCCGCCCCGUUGGUCUAUUGUACCCACUCCUAGCACAGUCUUUCCCGACUAGUUAGAGCGGAACGGUAAUAUUGGAAAUAUUAUAAUAAAUAUGGCUAAUAUUCUUUAAAAAAAAAAACAUAAAAUUUGUCACGCGUUUGAUUUGUCCGCCGUCACUCAGGACGUGAUUACUGUGGAAUGCAUUUUGUUUUCAAAGUGUUGUUACAAUUUUGAAAGUAACAAACCGAAAACAAUAAGCAUUUAUUUUAACUUGUUCAGUGUUCAUAUUACAUAUUUAAGAUAUUUUUAAUAAGGAUUUAUAUCGUAAGGAUCGCGCGCUUUUGAAUGUUGAUAUUAAUGAUGACAUAUCUUAUUUGACUGAUCUCGAUUUUUUGACGAAAUAUUUACAGGAGAUUUUUGCAGCAUGCAACUAUUUUGUUGACAUUAGAAAUAUACCUACUGAGAGUUGUGUAAAUAAUAUUAAUUGAUGUAGUUUUGCUAUUUUUUUAAUACGCGUGUUUUAUUGUAUUUAUGAAAUUAUGAAUAUAUUAUGAGUGGAUGUUCCGAAUAAAAAUGACCUUCACCUACCUGUCUACUGGAUGAAUUUUUUUAUAUCAAAUUAAAUAUAUCAAUAAAUAUAUAUUUUAUUGCACAUGGUAAUAAAUUUCAGAUGAUUAUAACCAUGAACUGAAUCCAAGACUGAUUUCUCGCGGACAACCCUAUACCACCGUGUUCAUAAAGAAAUUUUAACUUAACUUUAAUUCAUUAACCGUACCAGUGUCAGUUACUAAAUAGUAUCAAUUUACCUGUUUAUACCUUGCCUACCCAAGACUUGUGACAGGAAAAGAACAGUCAACCUUAACGAUUUCAAUAUGUAUGUAUGUAUGUAUGAAAUUUGUCUAUUGACCAAAUCAGUGAAAAAUUAAAUUGUUAAUUAAUCAUAUCCUUGUCUGAAAUUUUUUAGGCAACCUAUUGGCAAUAUAAUUUAAUGUAUAACACUUUUCAUCCGGUAGCCAGGUCGGUCAAUGUCGUCUUAUAUUCGGGAUCGACUAUAUCGUGUAAGGUUUUUUUUUAUCAAAGUUAAAAGCAAAUAAUAUACCCAAAGUUUGAUAUACAUUGACUGUGAAGCGAGUGAGUUUAUAGUUGUAAGUACAUCAGGUUGUUGAUCGAUGUUUACCUAAUUAACUAAUAAGCUUAAAUGUAAUAAUGGUUUUUAUAAUUUCCAUUUUUGUAAAACAAGACUGAUCGGAAUCUCUAGCAAGUCAACCAUGACAGUUUCUAUUUUUUACAACCUUGAGACUAUAGUUUUAUAAUAUUAUUAUACAAUGUGCCAUAUGUUCAGUAUUUUAGCGGUUUCUGUAUAAAUUGUUACGUUGCGUACAAUACAAAUGGAAACUGAUGCGUUUCUAUGUCUUUAGGGUGGGCGCACAUCUCACUUAUCGCAACGUACGCGUACAAGCUCACAUCGAAUUGGGACUCAGACCAAUUAUAGAAGGACCUGUAUCGCACUCAUAGUCAUGAACUAAAUUGUCUGUCAUUUUCUGAGGAAAACGAGCUUAGAUUUGCUAUAUAUCUUAUGCUAAACUACAAGUUUGUGCCCGUUUUUUACACCAUUCAAUUACACAAAAAGGUACUUCUACGGAGCUCUUUAACCGAUGAACACGAUUACAACUAUUUACCAUCGAUUAUAUAGAUACAGUUUUUAUAAUCACAUUAGAUCGUUGAUCAUAUACUUUGACAGAAAAGUAACGUCUAACGAGGCAGGUCCUAUACAAUAAUUGGUCUGAGCCUUGGGAUUAAUUAGUUGACGUGUUUAAUAACUUUGAACUUUAUUUCCAUGCAAGCAACGUCAAUAAUAAUUAAACAACAACGACUGCAACGCCCCGUCAGUAGACCUAACAUGCGAUCCAUCAACCCAUUUCAUAAAUCUAAUGAAGAGAAAAAAUAUUUACGGUCGAAUUGAGAAACCUCCUCCUUUUUUGAAGUCGGUUAAAAAGACUGUCGACUAAUCAAUCAAGCCGGUAAUAUCGCUCUCUUUCGUCAUAUUGCAACGAAAGUGACCGAUUAUUUCGGUUUGGGGCUAUUGGUCGACGAUAUUUGAGUUUGUCUUCAUGAAAAGCCCUGGCUGGCAAUUUUACUUAUAUCUAAAAACACCUUGAUAAUUCUACUUUUAUAAUGAAAUCAUAAUAAAUUAAUAGAUUAUUAAUUUAAUCAUACUUUAAUGCUAUGUUUCUACCAGAGUAUUCGGGGCGACGUUGUAUUGGCCGGUGGGCAUUCCCCUAUCGUGGGUCGCAUGUUAGGCCUACUGGUGAGCGCUGGCCCUUAGAUUAGCCACAAGACAGUAAAUAAAAAUGUAAUCUCGAGAACAGAAAUCGACCAAUAGCGGCGAAAUCGACUUCACCCUUAUUAUGUUUAAUGGAUGAGUGUUUUAACAAAUAUAGCAUAUUAAAAAUAUAUUGCGAGUAGGUUGCCUGAAAACUACUAUUAACCACUAUUAAUUAACAUUAAUAAUGGUUUGGCCGGGAGAUUUUUAGGCAACCUAUUCACAAUAUAUUUUUGACAUCCUAAUUUUUAUAAAAAAAAAAACACUGCAUUCAUUAAACAGAUGGGUGAAGGUCUUUUCUAAUACAGAUCUUGGAAUAUUUUCACCAAGAUUCAAUGAUAUUAUAUGAAUUAUUUCAGCUGUACAAAUUAUGGUUGUGAUAUCUAUUAUGGCUUGACAAGUUCGUUUGUAACACUUCCGAUGGUCUGCGGAGGGUAGGGACGGGGUAGCGAUGAAUGAGAAACCCAAGACAGAAAAUCAAAAUCAAAAAUCAUUUAUUUCAAGUAGGCUCAGUUUACAAGCACUUUGACACGUCAGUUGACUAUUUGUAAAGAUUCUACCACCGGUUCGGAAGGCAGGUCCUGCUGAGAAGAUACCGGCAAGAAACUCAACAGUUGCUCUUUUGAAAAAGUCAUACAGUAUUAUAAUUUACAAUUGAAAACAAUUACUGUUUACAUUUCUUAUAGUUUUACUUCCUGUGUGAAGGUGGAAGGCCUCCAAGCAUCUUUAUCAUUAAGGAACUCAUCAAUGUUGUAGUACCCUCGACUAAGUAAAUGUUUUUUAACACAUUGCUUAAAGCUAUGCAUUGGCAGGUCCAUCACAGUCUUGGGGAUCACGUUACUUCCCCGCACGAUUUCACACCCGCGCAGUCUUUCCCCCUGUCGCCCGCAUAUCAUGGAAGUGUUAUCUACGAACUUGUUAGACUAUAUCAGUUUUAAUGAGGCUAUGUUUUGGCAAAUAUUUUUAUAAUGCUGAUUAGCCAUCAAUGUUAGUAGUCUUCCGAUUAAUAAUAAUAUGUAAUUGUAGCUUUCUACUGCAGUGUACCUAAAACGUUUUAUAUUUAAUUAAGAGCAUAUUAUUAAUAUUUGUAUUGUGUAAGUCUGUGGUAGCUUUAAAUUUUUUUACGCUGUUUAGGUACAUUUUUUUUUAAUUAAUAAAAAAAUAAUCAUAAAUUAUAAUUUACAUUGAAUUUUCGUACAAUAAAAUAUUUAUAAUA